AUGUCAAAUGCUACACCCGCCGUGCUGACUUCGGCUUUGAGUGCGGAUACAAUUCGAUCCACCCGGGUUCUACGCCGACGCUCGAAAAUGGAGUCCAAGUCAAAGGCUCGCCGAGGCGGAUCGAUCGGUGUAGCAUGGGACUUGAUCCAGCGCCUUGAGCCUAUGACGAAGCGAGAGUACGCUGACGAAGCACGAGUCGACAAACUGCUCAAGUCGCCCUUGCUGAACGCGAAAGAGCGAUGCUCCCUGGAAGGUUAUAAAAAGCAGCGGAAAAAGCAGAAUCUCUUCGAGGUGGGGUAUCUUUACAAGCAGCCUUCAGGUUACGGACGUCUUUACGUCGACGGCAUCGGGCUUCAGACCCUCUCGAAAAGCAUUAGAACGUACAUCACAAACGGCUACUACACGGACAUUGACGUCGUGAACUGCCAACCGACCUUGAUCAGGUUUCUGUUCAGGCUUUUCGGACUUGCGUGUCCGGCGGAUCUAGAACGCUACGUGCAGAAUCGGCAAGACGUUCUCACAGAGAAUGGAAUCACAGAUAAAAAGGUCGUUAACAGAUAUUUGAAUAAAAGCAAAAAUGAUGCGCCGCACGCGUUCCUCAGGAACAUUCACAAGGAACUAUACGACAAGCUCGUGCCUCUGCUUCAAGAAUCGCGGCAAUUCAAGCCUCUGUGGCAGUGGAUAGAAAGUUCAGAUAAAAAGUACAAUAGGAAAGGUUCCUUUCUCUCAUACGUCGUGGCCACGGUGGAGAAUCUGGUGCUCGCAGCGAUGCACAGCUUUUUCACGGGUAAAGGGAUAUCCCCAGAUAGCUUGAUAUUCGACGGGAUGCUGGUCAAAGCCGACCCGCGAGUAGACGAGACGCUGCUGAAGGAAUGUGAACGCUUUAUAAAGGAGCGAGUGGGCGCCGAUUUGCGGUUGGCGAUAAAGCAGAUGAUUUGCGACGUGGACUAUGACAAGGAACUGACGGUAGACACGAGUAAUGUCGUGAUUGACAGUGACAGGGAGCUGUCGAGUUUAAUCGAUGAGUCUCGAAGGGGCACGAGCGGAAGACUGGCCUUACUCGCAAUGUACUUGAUGAAGGACAAGUACAUCUGCAUUCGUCGCAAAAAGUGGUAUAAGUUCGAUAAGCAUAGAUGGAUCGAGCUGUUGGGAUGCCCGAGCAUGGACGCCAUGGACAUUUUACUUUGUCCCAUUAAGAGGUGGUAUGAGGCGCUGGUUGCGGAAAUAAAGGGCAUCUUCAGCGGGGCGGAGGACGAAACCGAGAGGCGAUUUUUUGUAACCCAGAUCGAGAAAUUGGAGAAGGAGAAACGAUUGCGUGUCGAGGCGAUCGAAGACUCGAUCAUAAGAGGAAAGGUGAUGAAGGAUUUGGAGGACUUGAUGGACUCCUAUACCAAAGACGUCGUUUUCGACACAAAACCAUAUCUCCUCUGCUUCGAGAACGGAGUGUACGACCUUUCGCAGGAUGCGAUUCGACCCGGAUUGCCGGAAGAUUAUUUGACUAUUUGUGUGCCCUACGACCUCCCCGACGCAGUGUGUCCGGAUAUUGACGCAAAGCUCGAUGCCUUGCUGGAAAGGACCGGUCGUAACGGCAAGGGAAUCUUGAAAGACUUGACGCAGCAUACGCUUGGGGAAAAUCUGUGCAAGUUCCCAAAGGCGACGAUUCUCACCACGAAGCGCUGCGGCUCAAGCCAAGCGAACCCGGAGUUCGUCGACCUGAAAGGGUCAAGGGCGGUGUUCUUGUCCGAGCCGUGUGUCGGAGAGAAAAUCAAGAGCGCGACGUUGCGCGAGCUGACCGGCAAUGAUAAAUCCCGACAGCGGGGACUGUACGGCUCGCAGGAGACCGUGCGACCUGAUUUCAGCCUGUUCCUGUUGUGCAACGGGCGCCCGGAGAUGGACGCUCCCGACACGGAUGCGAUUUGGGACAGGGAGAAGAGCAUCCAUUUCCCACCCAAAUUCGUCGAAGACCCGAAGCUGCCGCACGAGCGUGCUAUGGACAAAGGGUUAAAGCAAAAGUUACCGGAGUACGCACCAUUCUUCAUGUUGAAGCUUCUACGAUGCUACACACUCUACCGGGAAAGCGGAUACAAGCUAGAUGCUCCGCAAGGUGUAUUAAAGGUCAGCCAAGACUACCGCUUAGAGAACAACCCCGUGGAAAAGUUCUACGAGGAGCAAGUGAUGUUGGCAGUUGAAAGCAAUACUCUUCCAGAAGGAACGGAAGAGCGCCAACUAAAGGAUUCACUGUUGCCGGUUUCAAGGCUUUGGUCCGUGUUCGAAAAGUGGAGAAAGGAUAGUGUUCUCGCCACGACCAUAUCGGAAAACGGGUUCUACCAGAAGUUGGCCAAAUUAACCAAAGGCGACUUUGAAAGCGUGAAAAGGAAGGUAGAUGGAACGCGGGUCAUCUGCUAUGACAAGAUGUGCAUAAGGGACUAUGAGUGGAGCCGCAUCGAGGGUUGCUGGAUUUUCAAGGAGGAUAUAGACUAG